AUGGAUUGGAAAACGCUGCAGGCGCUGCUCAGUGGGGUCAACAAGUACUCCACAGCCUUCGGCCGCAUCUGGCUCUCCGUGGUCUUCGUCUUCCGCGUGCUGGUCUACGUGGUGGCGGCAGAGCGGGUCUGGGGAGACGAGCAGAAGGACUUUGACUGCAACACGCGGCAGCCGGGCUGCACCAACGUCUGCUACGACCACUUCUUCCCCAUCUCCCACAUCCGCCUCUGGGCCCUGCAGCUCAUCUUUGUCACCUGCCCUUCCCUCCUGGUCAUCAUGCACGUGGCCUACCGGGAGGACCGCGAGAAGAAGAACCGGGAGAAGAAUGGGGAGAAUUGCCCCAAACUCUACAGCAACACGGGGAAGAAGCACGGCGGGCUGUGGUGGACCUACCUGCUCAGCCUCUUCUUCAAGCUCAUGAUAGAGAUCCUGUUCCUCUUCCUCCUCCACAAGAUGUGGGACAGCUUUGACUUGCCACGGCUGGUCAAGUGCUCCAACGUGGACCCCUGCCCCAACACUGUGGACUGCUACAUCGCUCGGCCAACUGAGAAGAGAGUCUUCACUUAUUUCAUGGUCGGAGCCUCCUCCAUCUGCAUCGUCCUCACCGUCUGUGAGAUCUUCUACCUCAUCUUCAAGCGGGUUGUGCGGAAAGCACAGAAGUGGAAGAAGUCCACCAAGCGCUCCCCCCCCCUCAACUACAGAACCCCCCCCCCCUGCCAGUGCCACCUCAAGGCGGAGGAGAAGGACAACAAGUCCCAGACUAGGUGUGUGGCAGCCCCGCGGGCCCCGGCUCCCACCCUGGCCACUGUCUGA